AGUUGGAGUGAUCGCGCCUCCACGCCGCCGCUGCUGCACUUUCCCGGAUCUCUCGCCUUCAGCACAUUUGCUUGUUGCGUGUCUCAAACGCAUUCCGACUCGAGUCUCUGCUCUGUUCCCAAACUUCUUAUCGCCGGAACUAUUUCAGUCGCGCAGUUUGUUAGUGUUUUCUAAUAAGCCUGGUUCUCCUCCUCCGAGCUGCACAGUGACACUGUGUUAUUAUCCACGGUGGGAAAUCUGAUCUCUGCCGACCCCGGGAGGGAAAACUCGGCGUGCCGGUGAGAAAGCUUCACUGCAUGCUUCACUGACUGAGUGUUUACAAGCGACGCGUAAAACUCGCCGGUGUAACGCAGUCUGAGAGACGCAGGAGGCAACAGCUUGUUUAGGUUCAGUGGGGCUCUGAGUCUGUACGUACCGAAAUAACGACGAGUUUAAAAAAAGAGAGAGAAGGAGAGAGAGAGAGAGAGAGAGAGAGAGAGAGAGAGAGAUCAGCCCCGGAGAUGCGAGUGAGACAGAAGAACUCCCACCCGAGGAUUUUCGGAGGAGAGACGGCUGGAUGGAAGAGCGCUGUGUGCGUGUGACAGUCGCGCAGACCGCAGAACUUCUCCGUUGCGCAAUUCCUGGCGCAUAUUUAUAGAGCUCGGGAAUAAUCCUCGGCACACCCGCUGAGUCGUGUUGGGUUUACGAGACACGUCCGUUAGGAGUCGCGAGCAGAGCAGGUAGAGGAGACGCUCGCGUUCAUUUGGAGACAAACAGCUCCAUGUCUGCGCCACGCCGCGCCAUUUCAGUCUGACUUCAAGUUCGGGUUGGUGUUGCGAGCCAGAGCCACGAUCGCAGGAUUACACACAGCAGCUCCACGCUUGAUCAUGGAAAUCGUGCAGUGUCUUCGGGGUGGACCGGAGAGCGGACGGAGACGCGCAGCUAGCCGGGAUAACGCGCGGCUUUUCGGAUCAGCGCGCUCAAGCGACCCGGGAGACAAGUGCUCCUCUGGUCGAGGUGCUGCAAAGAGCAACACCAAGGGCACUUCAGGAGUCAGGAAGAGGACUGGUGACAUGUCAGACACUGUCAGAAGUUUCAGGAGAAGCAGAAAGUUGGGGAUGUGUAUGAGGAGUUACUGGGCGCUCAUCUGCCUCCAGAUCCACGUGUUGAAAGCCCACGCGCAAGGUGACGUGGCCCCAUACUUCAAAACUGAACCAGGGCCUCCGGAAAUCCAUCUGGAGGGGAACCGGCUGGUGAUGACCUGUCUGGCGGAGGGCAGCUGGCCGCUGGAGUUCAAAUGGAUCCUUAACAACACAGAUAUCACUGCAUUCUCCCCAGAGUACAAGUAUAUUAUACCAUCCUUACAGCGCUCGGACAUGGGUGUAUACCAGUGUGUGGUGAGAAACCGAAUGGGCGCUUUGCUCCAGAGAAGAGCUGAGAUACAAGUGGCAUACAUGGGAGACUUUGUGGAGGCUGACCAGCACAAGACGGUGACCCAGGGUCGGGCAGCCAUCUUAAACUCGCCGGACAUCAGCUCUUUCCCCCGGCCGCAGGUCACGUGGUUCAGGGACGGCUACAAGAUCAUUCCCAGCAGCAGAGUGGCCAUAACCAUGGAGAACCAGCUUGUAGUGUUGGCCACGGCUGCGAUGGACGCCGGGAGAUACUACGUCCAGGCCGUCAACGAAAAGAACGGCGAGAACAAGACGAGCCCAUCCAUUUACCUGAAUGUGGCAGACGGGGAGGCCUCUGUGGACCCGGUAGCCCCAGUAAUAGUGAUCCCCCCCAGGAAUACAACUGUAGUGGCAGGGGUGAGCGAGGCCACGCUGGAGUGUGUCGCUAAUGCACGGCCUGUGGACAAGCUGAGUUUGGUGUGGAGGAGGAACGGUGUGGAGGUGGCCAGUGGCGUGGGCUCUUUCGGUCGCCGCCUGACCAUCGUUAACCCCACCACGGUGGACAUGGGACUGUACGUGUGUGAGGCCUCACUGCUUGACAGCAGCGUCAAGCCGGCCGAGGCCAGAGCUUUCCUCUCUAUUAUAGAGACUCCCUACUUCACAGCCGAGCCCAGGAGGAAGAUGAUGGGAGAAGUGGAGAAAAGCAUGGAUAUCCCAUGCCAGGCUCGAGGUGUACCCAUGCCCAAGCUGGAGUGGUAUAAGGAUGCAGUGCCUCUCAGCAAGCUGAAUAAUCCACGCUAUAAGGUCAUCUCCAGCAUGGGACUGCAGAUCAGGAGACUGCAGCCUAACGACGCCGGUAUCUUCCAAUGCUUCGCUAGGAAUGCAGCUGGAGAGCUGCAGGUCCACACCUAUCUAGAUGUGACAAGUAUCACUCCGGCGUUCAGCGCUCCACCAGUUAACAUCAACGUAACCGACGGCGCUGUGGCCUCCUUCACCUGUCAGGUCUCUGGUGCCCCGAAACCAUCCAUCACCUGGAGGAAAGAUGCACGGAUACUAGCCAGUGGCUCGGUACAAAUUCCACGCUUUAUGUUACUGGAAUCUGGGGGACUGCAGGUGCAGCCGGUGGCGCUGCAGGACGCAGGGACAUACACCUGCUACGCCGCUAACAGUGAGGGGGUGAUCAAUGCCAGUGCUGAGCUUACUGUGUGGAGUCGCACCUAUAUUUCCCAGCCUCCUGUGGACCGGCGUGUCAUCAAGGGAACGACGGCCAUUUUAGAGUGCGGCGCCAUACAUGAUGCACGCGUGCACGUAAGGUUUGUGUGGAUGAAGGGCGGCGAGAUGGUCGGACAGUCCAAAGGAGGACGGAUUAGCGUGCAACAAGGCUCACUGCACAUCUCUCAGACGUGGUCAGGGGAUAUAGGCGAUUACACUUGCGAUGUGAUUUCGCUCGCCGGCAAUGACUCCAAGACUGCACGCCUGGAAGUGAUCGAGUUGCCUCACUCACCGCGGAACCUGCAGGCCGGCCUGAACGCCACAGACAGCCGCAGCGUGCACCUGUCCUGGAUGAGGCCCUUCGAUGGCAACAGUCCCCUGCUGCACUACAUCGUAGAGCUCUCAGAGAACAAUUCUCCGUGGAGGGUGUACUUGCCCAACGUGGAUCCGAUGCUGACGACGGCCGAGGUGACCGGUCUCACUCCGGCACGAACCUACCAGUUCAGAGUGUGUGCUGUCAAUCAAGUAGGGAAAGGACAGUACAGCGGUGAGACAAACCGAUUGAUGCUCCGAGAAGAGCCGCCCAGCGCCCCACCCAAAAACAUCGUAGCCAGCGGACGCACAAAUCAGUCCAUUAUGGUGCAGUGGCAGCCCCCUCCGGAGCUGCAGCUCAACGGUGUGCUCAGAGGUUAUGUCCUCAGGUACCGGCUGGCGGGGCUCCCUGGCGAGUACCAACAGCAAAAUAUCACCAGUCCUGAUAUCAACUACUGCCUCAUCACUGAGCUCAUCAUCUGGACGCAGUAUGAGAUCCAGGUGGCGGCGUACACAGGAGCGGGCCUCGGUGUCUUCAGCCAGCCUGUUGUUGAGUACACGCUCCAGGGAGUUCCCACAGCACCCCCUCAGGACGUAGAAGCUGUUGCGGUCAACUCAACCACCAUCAAAUUUACCUGGAAUCCGCCUCCUCAGCAGUUCAUAAACGGCAUUAAUCAAGGUUACAAGCUAAUGGUUUGGCCCGAACGCUCUCCUGAAGCCACCACAGUGGUGACUAUCACCCCUGAUUACCACGGUACCCGUCAUCAGGGCUACAUCACCGGCCUGAAGAAGUUUACCUGGUACCUCACCUCAGUGCUGUGCUUCACCACGCCAGGAAACGGCCCUCGCAGCGCUACGAAACUGGUCCAGACGCACGAGGACAUUCCAGGCCCCGUAGGGCGUCUGAGCUUUACUGAAAUCCUCGACACAUCUCUGCGAGUUAGCUGGGAGGAGCCUGUGGAGAAAAAUGGAAUCAUCACAGGUUACAUGUUGUCCUGGGAGGCUCAGGGGCUGAAGGAGUCCCGUGUAGAGCGCACCAUGCCCAACAGCACACUGGAGUACAAAGUGACCGGCCUCACCUCUCUCACCACCUACACCUUAGAGGUGGCAGCCAUGACCAGUGCAGGCAUGGGCAUGCUCUCGUCUUCCACCAUUUCCUCCGGCGUGCCCCCAGAACUUCCUGGACCCCCUUCAAACCUACAGAUCUCUAAAAUCAGCCCACGAUCUGCCACUUUGAAAUUCCGGGCAGGGGAUGAUGGGAAAACGUCCAUCUCUAAAUGGAUUGUGGAGGGACAGGUGGGCAGCACUGGAGAAGAAGAAGAAUGGAAGGUGCUGUACGAGAAGGAGAAUGAUCCAGAAGCUCAGGUCCUGGAGGUGCCUAACCUGACUCCAUUCACACACUACAGGUUCCGAAUGCGCCAGGCCAACAUCGUGGGCUCGAGCGAAGUGAGUGAGCCAUCUCGGGUGAUCCAGACUCUUCAGGCUCCUCCUGACGUCGCUCCCGGCAGUGUGAGCGUCCGUACGGCCAGUGAGACCAGCGUGUGGUUGCGCUGGGUGCCUCUGCCGGAGACUGAGUAUAAUGGGAACCCCGAGAGCGUGGGCUACAGGGUGCGGGUGUGGCGUGCUGAUCAGCAAGGCGAUGCCAGCACUAGGGUGGUGAACGACAGACUGGAGAGAGAGAUCACAUUGGAGGGUUUGGAGGAGUGGACCGAGUACCUGUUCCAGAUCCAGGCUUUCAACUCCAUCGGCCCUGGACCCUGGAGCGAGCCCGUGAAGGGCCGCACGCGCGAGUCAGUGCCGUCCGGAGCUCCGGAGAACGUGACGGCCGAGGCCAUGAGCUCGACACACAUGCUGGUGACAUGGGGACCUGUUCCAGAGCCGCAGCAAAACGGCAAUAUCCUCGGAUAUAAGGUACUGUACCAGGAAAAAGACUCGGGUACGGAGCCACAAGUGCACCUGGUGAAGGGGAACCUAACGCAGUCAGUGCUACUGAGGAACCUGCGCAAGUACGUGCAGUACGAGAUCCAGGUCCUGGCCUUCACACGCAUCGGAGACGGCCAGCUCAGCAGCCCGUCUGUGCUCGAAAGGACUAAAGAUGAUGUUCCAGGGCCGCCCAUGAGACUGGUGUUCCCCGAGGUGCGUCUGAAGGAGGUCAGGGUGGUCUGGCAGCCUCCAGUAGAUCCGAAUGGCAUUAUUAUGGGGUAUCAGGUAGCAUACCGGCUGGAUUCUGGAGAUCCGAAUAAGUUCACCACGGUGGAAGUGGGCGCAAACACCACACAGUUCACGGCUAGCGGCUUGCUCCCCGAGUCGGCUUAUAUCUUCCGUAUUUCAGCCAAGACCCAGCAGGGUUGGGGUACAGCCGCACAAGCUGUGGUCAUCACUACAGAGAUCAGAGAGCGGCCGCAGCCUCCACUGCAGCUCAGUGUACCCCAGGACCAGGUUCAGUCACGCCAGCUCAAGUUGGACUGGGUUCCAGGGGGAGAUGGGUCUUCACCGGUUCGCUAUUUUACAUUGCAGCUACGCCAACUGCCCGAUGGAAACUGGAUCACACACUCAUCCUCCAUCAGCCACAACAGCACCUCCUAUGUGGUGGACCGGCUGAAGCCCUACACUUCAUACAAGCUGAGAAUGAUGGCGACUAAUGACAUCGGUGACAGCAAGUAUAGCCGAGAGACCGAUGCAAUUACAACUUUACAAGAUGUCCCGGAUGAGGCUCCUGUUAUUCAGUCGGUGAAGCCCUCCACCACUACCUCAGUUCUGGUGCAGUGGCAGCCACCGAAGGAGGAGAGCGUGAACGGAGUGCUGGUGGGCUACCGGCUGUAUUACCGUGAACUUCAGUAUGACAGCAUGCCGCAGGAGGCCAAGAAGACCAUCAACAGCACUUCAGCACGGGCAGACCUGACAGCCAAAAGUACCGUGAAGACUGUGAGCAAUCCUUCACUGACGGAAUUCGAACUCACCCAGCUGCAGAAAUACCAACGCUACGAAAUCGUGAUGACGGCCUACAACAUCAUUGGCGAGAGUCCUGCUAGCGCUCCGGUGGAGGUGUUUGUAGGAGAAGCAGCUCCCUCUGUGGCCCCUCAGAAUAUCCAGGUCAACACAGUGUCAUCCACCCAGCUGGAGGUGCAAUGGGAGCCGCCCCCUGUCGAGACGCAGAACGGCAUCAUCCAGGGCUAUAAGAUUCACUACUGGGAGAUGGACAACCAGAACGAGACGGAAAAAGUGAAGAUCCUCUUUCUACCCGAGACGAGCGUGCGUCUGAAAAACCUGACCAGCUACACGUACUACAUGGUCAAACUGUCUGCGUUUAACGCGGCUGGAGACGGUCCUCUCAGUGAGCCCAGGAGGGGGCGCACUCUUCAGUCAGCCCCCAGUGCUCCUAGCUUUAUUACUUUCUCUGAAAUCACCAGCACUACUCUGAACGUGUCGUGGGGAUUUCCUGUGUCGCCGAACGGAGUUGUCGAGGGCUACAGAGUGGUGUACGAGCCUACUGCCCCUAUUCACGGCAUAAGUAAAGUGGUGACAGUGGACAUUCGGGGCAGCUGGCAACGCUGGUUAAAGGUGCGAGACCUGACAAAGGGGGUGACCUACUGCUUUCGCGUGCAGGCCAAAACCAUCGGCUACGGCCCCGAGGCCGAGGCCAACAUCACAGCGGGACCCGUGCAAGGAUCUCCAGGAUCCCCGCUCAAAACAUCCGUCACGAAGUCUGGCUCUGGUCUGACCAUCCAGUGGAUACCGGGAGACACAGGAACUGGCCACGUGACAGGUUAUGUCAUCGAGGCUCGCCCUUCAGAUGAGGGAUUAUGGGACACUUUUGUUAGGCACCUGCCCCCCUCCAGCACCUCCCACACUGUGAGUCUGGAGCGACUACGCCACGGAGUCAGCUACCAGUUCAGAGUGCUGGCCGUCAACGAGCACGGCUACGGCGAGCCAAGUGCGCCCUCUGCUGCCAUGUCGGCCCAGAUGGACACCCCAUUUUAUGAGGAGUGGUGGUUUCUGAUCAUCCUUGCUCUGAGUGGUCUGAUUCUGCUGCUGAUGAUCGUUUUUGGGCUCGUCUUGCACGGACAGAACAAGAAGUACAAGAGCUGUGGAACAGGUAAAGCUGUGUCCACGGUAGAGGAGAGGGUCACACUGGACAAUGGAGGCUUCACAGCUCUGGAGCUGAACAGCAGACCUGUCCAUGUCAAGAGCUCCUUCCUGAGGAAGAACGGCACCAGAUCCCCGCCUCGGCCCAACCCUGCAGGUCUGCGCUAUUCAGACGAAGAUAUCUGCAACAACUACAACGGUGCCGUGUCCACAGACUCCACAGCCCUUACAGAAAGAGCUGCAGAGCUGUCCGAAUCUGAGGCAACAGACAGCGAGUGUGAGGACGAACCGAUCAAGCACUCGUUCGUGAACCACUACAUGAGCGACCCCUCUUACUUCAACUCGUGGAAGCGGCAGCAGAAAGGCCUGAAGGAAACUCUGGCCUGCGCAUAUGAGGAGUGUGCCAGCGGAGACGGAGAAGGCUACUAUCAGACUGUCGUGACCCAGCACAGCAUGGGAGGAGUGUACACACCCACUGGGCAGCCUGCACCAGGCUCGCGUACUCCUCUCACAGGCUUCUCAUCCUUCGUGUGAAGCUCCCCGAGGAGCAGGACCACUCUACAGACCUCUCGAUCUGCUAACAGGGAUUUGGGAAAAGGCACAACACGUGGGAAGACAUUUUAGCUGUAUUUUCAGCAUGAGCACUAGAAAGGACUGCUCUCAGAAGGGUUGAUGAGGAGAAUUCAUGGAUAAUCACUGGACUGAGAGAAAAAGAAAUAAAGCAGAGUGUAUUACUGUACAUGUUCCUCCCUGGGAGGCCCAGACUUUGACUGGAGAAGGUGAAGACUUGUUUUACCUGUUGGGGAUAAAGCAGGGUGUAGCAGGGACUCACACUACAUUCCUACAGCGACUCACACUAUAGUGGCACACCCUCACAGUCUAGCAUACACAAGCAUUCCUGCUACUAUUCCCUUACGAACAUAGGGCAAACACUCUGUAAUUACGAUAUACUGUAUAUACUGUCAAGUCUGAAUAAUCUCACUCACCUUCAGUGUCUCUUUGUAUAUACACGUGUUCUACUUGUGAUCGAAAAGAUCAUAAAACCGUGACAGGUGUGAUGAGGAAGCACAGUGCAGUGGGACUCAGCCAUGACCACAGCUCCAGAGUUUACUACAUUGUCUACUCAACCGGAGCCCAUUAACCAGCGAGCCAGCCUCGCCGUCAGUCGUGCAGUGAUCCUUUGUGUCGCAUGUCAUCCUCACACACAGCGUUGCAAUUAAACAUUCAGUUUGUUACUUUUUUUAUCAGGCUGAACAACUGCAGUCUCUUCAAAUACUUGUUUCUUUUCUCCUUCUUCUUUUUCUUUUUUUUUUUUUUAACGUGCACAGAUAUACAGUAUAAGUGUAGUCCGAACCAGUUUCAGAUUCAGAGAAAUCCUAUUUCCCUUCUAACUGUAUUUCAAACGGUUUACUUUGAGUAGCGCAAGAUGUACUGUUAAUACAACACAGCGAUGAUGUACUGGAAAACCAGCAGCGGAAUCAACCUGCUCCAUGAAGCAUAAGGGAGGUUAAUUAUAAUGUUCCUGUGGAGGCUGUUCUGACACAGGUCGGUGAUAUGAGGUACUACAUUUAGAGCAAAACGUCGGUGUUUUGAGUGAUUUGAGAUGUUACUCAGGGACGGCUGGGAUAAACGAGUUAAGACCCCCCGCCUUGCCCUCCGCCGUCUUUAAGAGAUUCAAAACAACAGCAGCAGCUUUACGUCAGAUUACUCGCUGUUGUACAUUUUUGGUGGAACCAAGCACAACAUCGGUUGUACGAAUAAUAACACAUGGAACGUUCUUCGAGUUCGUGUGCAUCGGGGCUGAACGGUUUUUCAGCCCGCUUCAGCAGCGAUUUAAAAAGCGAACAAGUUGGAUUAUGUACUCUUAAUGCCUUUUCGAGGAGAAGCUAAAAAUAGAUCGACUAAGCACACAUCGUCCAAUCAAAGUACAAAUUACAAAAAAGGACACGUGACCGAACUAGACAUUUACUGUUUUUUGUAAAAAAAAUUAAAAAUAAAUAAAUAAAUAAAUAAAAAUGAUCAAAUUAAAAACCCUUUCUGUCUAUCACGCUUAUACAUUACAGACUUGAAACAUUUCGACGUCACGAAUGCAGCUGCGUUUCAAUGUGUGUGUAAUUGAUUUCCCAAUAUCAUUCUCAUUACACAUCGAUGACACCUCGUGAUAUGAUAUAGCUCAACACUAAUGGAUUCAUUGUGAAGCUACUGAUAGAUAUUAAGUUUAAGACCUCCUACUGAAUAUCACAACCAGCCGUCACUGACGCCACUGUAGUACAAACCGUCACAGGUACUACUCGAGUAUACAGUAUAUUGUCAGAUAAUUGUAUGCCAUGUGAGACACAGGUGUGCUUUUUUUUAAAAAAAAAAACAACAACAUUUUUUUCUGUUCAAAUACACCUGACGGAACUCAUACCAGGUUCGAUUAGCCACUGAUCUGAGUCCCGUGUGUUUUAAAAGCUGUGCCGUACAGGACUGGAGUGACUGGUUUGUCACAGUGAGCUUUUCCGUUAUUUUUCAGUGUUCCGGACGAGAGACGUUUACGAGUUCGGGGAUCAGAAAAGCCCGGGCUUACACUUUUUUUUCUUUUUCUUUUCUGGAACUGUAUCAAAUUUGAGCACAAAUGAAAGCAUUUCAGUCGCUGGUUUGAUGAAGUCGUCUCAAAUGCGUAACCACUCGCAUGAGGACACGUGUGAGACGUCUCUGGAUGUAAUGAUCGAGAUGGAGCGUGAACUUGUAUUCCCAGCGCUCAUAAGCCAUAAGGACAUUUCAUUUUUGUUUUCUUUCUUCUUCCGGUUGCUUUCUAUUCUGAUUCACUUUUCUUUCUCCGUUUGAAAUAGUUGCAUUUUUAUUUUAUGUGCUAGAGAUGUAUAAAGGUGAUUCUUUUCUCUUUUUUCCUUUGUUGUUGUUUUUUUUUUUUUUUUUUGGUCCAUUGUUUACUGUAGUGCUGUUAUACAGUGAGGCAGCACCAUUUGUAAUUCGGUUACUAUGUAUGAAGGUUUUUGUUUAGUUUUUUGCAGCUUUUGAAAUGGUGGACAAAGCAAAGCAACAUGUUCUUGUUUAUAGCUGCCAUUUCACCCCAGCACUAGUGUACAUCAUCAACAUCCGUGAAGUAAAGGCAGUUUCCCACUUUUUCAGUGAAAGUAAAUGUUUGCUAUUGACUUAAAAAUGAAUCAUUAACUUUUUCAGACCACUGACACACUAUUAAAGACACCCAGAAAUGGUUUUAAACACAA